AUGCGGGCAAACGUCAACUCUUCUCACUGUUGCUUUCGCCAUUGCCUCAGUGACAGCCAUCCUCUGGAGGGCUCUGUCGGGACUCAGAACGCCCAUGUCGAUGCCUCUCAAGGUGUAGUCAGCGUCCGGAACAACAGUGUUUUGAGCGAAUGGUAUGGAGUCUUGGACUACGAGAAAUCCCUCUUAGUGGCUAAGCUGUUUAGCAAGAGGGUCUGUGUCCUGGACAUGGAUCGAGCAGUCUUCCCAAGUUUGGACGACAUGAGCAAGGCCCUGAAAAAGCAGGACUUCAAGCCUUACCCACCCACCCACGGCCUGACCUACAAUGUUGUACCCAGCCUCGUCAAGAACUUAGUGCAGUAUGGAAUGCUCAUCAGGGACAUGUGCAGAGAUGUCCCCACCUACUUUGCCCAGCAGCAACAAAAAGGUACUGUCCUGGCAAUUGACCCUGAUUCCUGUUUUGAAGCCCAACUUGUCUCCUUUAUGGGACUGUCCAUCUGUGGCGAGAUCCUUGGGCUCUGA